AUGGCCGAUCCGAGCCCCGAUCCUCCCACCAUCAGCAAGCGGCGGCGGCGUGGGAACUUCCGCCGCCGCGCCGGCGCGGCAGGCCGCGGCGCGCCGGGGGCGGCGUUCAGGCUCGAGCACGGCGGCGACGUGGAGGCGGACGGGAACUGCCUCUUCACGGCGGCGAGGAAGGCGAUGGUGGGGGCGAAGGUGGGGGGGCCGAGGGAGCUGCGGCAGAGGACGGUGAGGGGGAUCGUGGACGCGGCGAUCCGGCACCUCUACUCGCCGGAUCUGAAGGCCGGGUGGGGGAUCCACGUUGUUCAGGAGGUGAAGCUCCUCGCGAGGAAAGAGGAUCGCGAGGGUUUGGACGCGGCGAUCCAGGAACUCGUAGAUGUUGGGGUUCUGAGGGAGACAGCGAUGGAGUCUAUCUACAAGGAGAGAUGCAUAGCUGUAAACGACGGGCCUAGUUGGGCCAAGUACAUGUCCACCUCCGGCUCUCCGGAAGACGAGUAUGACAUCAUCACGUUGCAAUAUACGGAGGAAGGCUUGUUGAGCAUAGAUGAGAACCGGGAUGGCCACGCUGCGGCGUUUGGUGACGACAUCGCUAUUGAGUGCUUGGCAACGGAAUUCAAGCGUGAAGUGUAUGUGGUCCAAGCACAUGGGUCAGAUGCAAUGGUAGAUGAGGACAACUGUGUUUUCUUCCUUCCCCACCGCCCCCGGGGUCAGAUUUGUGAAACCCCAAUUUUUUUGUUCAUGAAGGGAACAGGCUGGUGUGGUGCCGGAGCCGACCAUUAUGAACCCUUAAUCGCCAACCCUAUUCCUCUUAUCUCUCCGGAAAGGGCUGCUGUUGUACUCUAAAAGCCCAUCAUCGGUUUUGCCGCUCUUUUUUUUUUUUUCCAUUAAAUUAGUUUUUUGUUUUUCCCUCGGAAAUCGAAGACUUUGAGUUCUUGAGAGUGAAGCAGAUUAGAAUCUCAUCUUCCAUUUUUUUCAUCUAACAAAUCUUUCCGGAUCAUUACUAACCCUUUAACUUGUAGGGAUGUGGACAAACGGCGCCUUUAUAACUUUAUUUCGCUAGCUUCGACCGGUAGGGGGAAACAUUGAGGAGCCCCGUCGAUUGUUUUCUCUUUUUUUUUCCCAAUUUUCUCACUGAUGAGUACUGUUUUUGGGGAUUUCCGAUUAUUGAUUCUGAGAGCUUGUUUUGCAAAUUGGACACUGUUGUUUUCCAGUUGUUAGUGAAAUCGAUUCUUUUUCUCAAUGUCUCAACCUUUAUAUUGAUGAUGAUCUUAAUUCAUUCA